GUUUCCCCGUGUCCGCCACCUUCCCCUCUCCGCCCUCCGCGGCCGUUUCCGGGGCCGCCUGCCGGGGCCAUGAAGCCGAGGGUGUUCCCAUCCUAUCAGAAGCCUGCUGAGUAGUUAAUGCGGAAGGUAAAGAGGUUGCGCCUGGAAAGCAAGACCACUGGAAGUUGGAAAAGUUUCUCACUCAUCUCUGAGGGGGAAGAAAGGAUGACCACUGUGGAUGCCCUGCCUGAGAGGCCUGAUGUGGUGGAGAUGGAGGACCCCUCCUCGCCCUUCCAGGUGGAGAAGCACUCGUGGGAUGGGCUCCGAGACAUCAUUCACAGCAGCAGAAAGUAUUCAGGCAUGAUAGUGAACAAGGCCCCACAUGACUUCCAAUUUGUCCAGAAGACAGAUGAGUCAGGCCCUCACUCUCACCGACUUUAUUACCUCGGGAUGCCUUAUGGCAGCCGUGAGAAUUCUCUCCUUUACUCAGAAAUUCCCAAAAAGGUACGCAAAGAGGCCCUGCUGCUGUUGUCAUGGAAACAGAUGCUGGAUCAUUUUCAGGCUACCCCGCACCACGGUGUGUACUCUCGGGAGGAAGAGCUCCUGCGGGAGCGUAAGCGUCUCGGUGUGUUUGGUAUCACCUCCUAUGACUUCCACAGCAACAGUGGCCUCUUCCUCUUCCAGGCCAGUAACAGCCUCUUUCAUUGCCGAGAUGGGGGCGAGAAUGGCUUCAUGGUGUCUCCCAUGAAGCCACUAGAAAUCAAAACCCAGUGUUCUGGGCCUCGGAUGGAUCCCAAGAUCUGUCCUGCUGACCCUUCCUUCUUCUCAUUCAUAAAUAACAAUGAUUUGUGGGUGGCAAAUAUUGAGACUGGAGAGGAGAAACGAAUGACGUACUGUCAUAAAGGUUUGUCCAGUGUCCUGGAGGACCCCAAGUCAGCAGGAGUAGCUACCUUUGUCAUCCAGGAGGAAUUUGAUCGAUUUACAGGCUACUGGUGGUGUCCCACGGCUUCCUGGGAAGGGUCUGAAGAUCGUAAGACCCUGCGAAUCUUAUAUGAAGAAGUAGAUGAAUCAGAAGUGGAGAUCAUUCAUGUUCCCUCUCCUGCUCUGGAAGAAAGAAAAACUGAUUCUUACCGGUAUCCCAGGACAGGCAGCAAGAACCCCAAGAUCGCUUUGAAACUGGCUGAAUUUCAGACAGACAAUCAGGGAAAGAUGGUUUGUGCUCAGGACAAGGAGUUGGUGCAGCCGUUCAGCACGCUCUUCCCCGCAGCGGAGUACAUCGCCAGGGCUGGAUGGACGCAAGAUGGCAAAUAUGCAUGGGCCAUGUUCCUGGACAGGCCUCAGCAGCGGCUCCAGUUGGUUCUCCUUCCCCCGGCCCUCUUCAUCCCUGUCCCGGAGAGUGAAGAGCAGCGCCUUGAAUUUGCCAAAGCCGUCCCUGAAAAUGUCCAGCCAUAUGUCGUGUAUGAAGAGGUUACCGAUGUGUGGAUAAAUGUUCAUGAUAUUUUCUAUCCGUUUCCCCAAUCGGAGGGAGAUGAAGAAAUCUGUUUUCUUCGAGCCAAUGAAUGCAAAACUGGGUUUUGCCACCUGUACAAAGUCACAGCAGUGCUAAAACCAAAUGGCUAUGACUGGACCCAGCCUUUCAUUUCUGGGGAAGAUGACUUUAAAUGCCCCAUCAAAGAGGAGAUUGCCUUGACCAGUGGUGAAUGGGAGGUUUUGGCAAGGCACGGAUCCAAGAUCUGGGUGAACGAGGAGACAAAGCUGGUGUAUUUCCAGGCCACCAAGGACACCCCCUUGGAGCACCAUCUCUACGUGGUCAGUUAUGAGUCUUCGGGUGAGAUUGUGAGACUUACCACGCCGGGCUUCUCACACAGCUGCUCCAUGAGCCAGAACUUUGACAUGUUCAUCAGCCACUACAGCAAUGUCAGCACUCCGCCCUGCGUGCAUGUCUACAAGCUGAGCGGUUCUGACGACGACCCACUCCACAGACAGCCCAAGUUCUGGGCCAGCAUGAUGGAGGCAGCCAGCUGUCCCCCAGAUUAUGUGCCUCCUGAAAUCUUUCACUUCCAUACGCAGUCUGAUGUGGAGCUGUAUGGCAUGAUCUACAAACCCCACAACGUCCAACCUGGAAAAAAGCAUCCAACGGUGCUCUUUGUAUACGGGGGACCUCAGGUACAACUAGUUAACAACUCUUUCAAAGGCAUUAAAUAUUUGAGGCUCAACACCUUAGCAUCUCUUGGCUACGCUGUGGUGGUGAUUGAUGGCCGAGGUUCUUGUCAGCGAGGACUGCAGUUUGAAGGGGCUCUUAAAAACCAAAUGGGUCAGGUAGAAAUAGAGGAUCAGGUGGAAGGUUUACAUUUCGUGGCUGAGAAGUAUGGGUUCAUCGACCUGAGUCGAGUCGCCAUCCAUGGCUGGUCUUAUGGGGGCUUCCUGUCCCUCAUGGGGCUGAUUCACAAGCCCCAUGUGUUCAAGGUUGCCAUUGCCGGUGCCCCAGUCACAGUGUGGAUGGCCUAUGAUACUGGAUAUACCGAGCGGUACAUGGAUGUCCCAGAGAACAACCAGCAGGGUUAUGAGGCAGGCUCUGUGGCAUUGCAUGUGGAGAAACUGCCUAAUGAGCCAAAUCGCUUGUUGAUCCUUCAUGGUUUCCUGGAUGAAAAUGUGCACUUUUUCCACACAAACUUCCUUGUUUCCCAGCUAAUCCGGGCUGGAAAACCCUACCAGCUGCAGAUCUAUCCCAAUGAGAGACACAGUAUUCGCUGCCCCGAGUCAGGAGAGCACUACGAAAUCACACUGCUGCACUUUCUACAAGAAUACCUCUGAGCACACGGUCUUGGCCAGACCCAUGGAACACUGACAGCUCACCUCUGACCCCUAAUAGCCUUCUUAUCCAGAGCACAAAUGGCCAGCGGCCCACCUCCUGGCUCCCCAUCGCCUGGCCUGAGCAUGGGGAAGGGGCCAAGGAUGCUUGGAAUGGUGCCUCCUCCCUUGACUCAUCCCUGUGGAAUUGCUCUCCAUUGCCAGCUGAAGCUUGUCAUUUUUUUUAACGUCCCUCUAUUUUGGCUCCCACAUCUUUGAUUGCAGGACUGAAAGACAGUGGCCAGUCUCCACCAUGGCUCUCUUUCUGCAUCUUCCUCCUACCUAUUUUAUGGCUGCCUGGUGGGAAAUGGGAUAAAGGGCCUUGCAGUGGCUGAAGUUUGUCCUGGUUAGGUGGGGAUGGGGGAGGAGCACCCAGAGCCGAGAUGAGCGAAUUAGGAAAGCUGCCUUAAGCCAGGAGGCUGUGGCUUCCAGGCUGGCCACCUGCCUCUGGUCCCCUGAGAGAAACAGCAGCAUAGGAGCAGAUAUCUGGGACCGAGGCACGUGAUCUUUCUCUCCUCCAUACUUUGGUUUCUUUAUGAUUGGAGCUUUCACAUCUGAUUGGGCGGCCUGAGGGGUUUAUCUGGGGCUGUUUGAGGGGCAGCCCAACUGCGUGGGGCUGUUGGGAUGGCGCAGAGCACACGCUCUCCUCCUGUUCCCCAGAAUGGCAGAACAGUGCCAGCAGGUAUCUUGGCCUCUGGAUGGGCCAUCCAUUUGGGGGCUGCAGGAGUGUCACCCAGGAUUUUUUCCUAGAUGAGAUGAAAUGAAUAUUUAUGUUUCUUGUCCUGUUUCCUCUCUGGUUCUUCUCCAUCAGCUCCUUCCUUGUCCCCUCUCCCCAAAACCGUUCCCUGAGCUUUCAGGCAUGCACUGAAAUAUUUGCUGUGCUUCAGUUCUCUGCAGGUCAGUGACUGUUAUCCCUCGCCAUCUCUCCUGCAAUGCAUCUCUGUUCACCUCGCUCAUGUGAAUCACGCAUCCGGGGUUGGGAAUUAGAACCAUCCCACUUCAGGGUAAUCCUUUCCCUUUCCCACCUUCCUUCCCAGCCAAGAGUUCCGCCAGGGGCGUUAAAGAAAAGUAAACGAACCACAUCUACUUUGCCCGAGUAUUUUAAGUGCGUAUUAUGAAAAGAAAAUAUUUUUGUGGAUUCUUAUUCUUUUAUAAUUAUGAGUGUAAGACGUAGCAACUCAUUAAAAAUAUUACAAAUGGCA